AUAGCCUGUGCCAUGUCGCUGGCCUCCUCCCAAUUCCUCGGCCACCGCCUCGCGCUUCCUCCCCGCUCCUCCGCCGCAUGCUUCUCUCCAUCCUCCCCCAUCUCGACCCGCUCCCUCGAUGUAUGCGCCUCUUACUCUGCCGGCACGGCCACCAUCGCAUCCCCUUUCUCCUCCUCCCUCUACGACGUGCUCGGAGUGCCCCCCACCGCCAGCACCCCGGAGAUCAAGGCUGCGUACCGGAGGCUCGCCCUUAAGUGUCAUCCGGAUGUGGUGGCCACCGGCCGCCGGGGCGCGUCCGCAGACGAGUUCAUGCGGGUCCAGACGGCCUACGCCACGCUCUCCGACAGCGAAAGACGCGCUGACUACGAUCGCCGAAUCACCGACUCGGCGGCGAUGCACGUAUUCAGUCCCCGUCAAGCGUACGCGCGGAGCACUUCGUUCCCAGGCUACAGCCGUCGCACGUGGGAGACGGACCAGUGCUGGUAGGGGAAGAAGCCAAGACGAGCCUAUCUAUCUGAUUCCCAAUUAAGCUGGGUUCCAUUGGAUUGUAUUUUUACGUACGGCCUGACCUCGUGUGCUAAUACUCAUCACUCUCGUGGUUGCGAGCGUAUUCGUCUUUUAUCACAAUGACUCUCGUGGUUGCAAAUUGGAGCUCGAGUCACCAUUAUUCAAAGCUUCAAGGGCAGCACCUACUGAACUUCUAUUUCUGAAAGUUUCAGGUUUCGCAACUGUACUACCCUCCUUGUCAGCCAUGAUUUCUUAGUUUCUGAAUACGUAUAUACAAAAAGGAGGAAAGAAAUCUUUACUUGUUAAAUACCGCAUGCCUUAUGCUUGUCUGAUCUAGUUUUUUCUGCAAUUCAGACAAAGAUUUGUGUAUAGCUCAUUGAUCGCAGCGAAUAUUGUUCUUUUAC